UGCUCGUGUUUGAUUGGUCAGGCCUGCUGGGCUCGCAUCGAUGAGCUCGAGCUCGGUUACUUCCGUCUGUUCAGCGGCUCAUGGCGCUGUUCUGUGAGUUACAGUUGUGACACAAUAGCAGUGUGUAUCGUUAUCUAGGGGCCGGAGUGAACAUGGGCCGUCACUCAUCAGACAGCGAGGACAACAGUCGAAGCAGGAGGAAGAGGAGAGCGAGAGGCCGUUCUUCAUCGUCCAGCUCCUCUCACAGCCGCAGCAAACCCUCCCGCAGACGCACGCGCUCCAGAGACCGAAACAGAGCCGCAGACAGCAGGCACAGAAAACGCUCCAACAGCAGCUCCUCCAGAGGGUCCAGUCACAGGAGGCGGAGCCGAAGCACAGACAGGGGGCGGAGCCACAGGUCCCACAGGUCUCGCUCCCGCAGCCGCAAUAGAAGGUAAGGACAAGCACACUGAUG